AUGCCCACCCCAGCUGCCUCUCACCAAGGGCAACUUCAGACCGAGACAGAGUCCAGCCCUUCUCCAGGAGACUCACACAUUGCCCCUGACGCCUACAGUAGGGCCCUGGGGGUGGUGGGCAUACAGGACAGUGGGCCUAUGAACUAUUUUCAGGCUGGGCCCCAUGGGCUAAAGCCCGGCUACCAGGCGCUCAACCUCGGGGGGUCCUUCAAGCUUGUGUCCUCCAGACCAUACAGACCAGUUGAAGGGGAAGUCCGCCUUAUAAAUGAAGGACAUGGUUCAUGCUCUGGCAGGGUGGAGAUCUUCCACAGAGGCCAGUGGGGGACAGUGUGUGAUGAUUCAUGGGGCCUGGAGGAUGCUCUGGUGGUAUGUAGGCAGCUGGGCUGUGGUAGGGUCCUCUCAACACCAACUAAUGCACAAUUUGGACAGGGCACAGGACCCAUCUGGAUGGAUGAUGUUGCAUGCACAGGCCGGGAAUCCAAGCUUUCUGAGUGCCGCCACUCAGGAUUUGGAUCUCACAACUGCGGCCACGAUGAAGACGCUGGUGUCAUCUGUCAAGCAGUUGAAGGGGAGGUCCGCUUGGUUAAUGGAGGACAUGGCUCCUGCUCUGGCAGGGUGGAGAUCCUCCACAGUGGGCAGUGGGGGACAGUGUGUGAUGAUUCUUGGGAUAUGGAGGAUGCUCUGGUGGUAUGUAGGCAGCUGGGCUGUGGUGAGGUCCUCUCAGCACCAAGUAAUGCACACUUUGGACAGGGCACAGGACCCAUCUGGAUGGACAAUGUGUCAUGCACAGGCAGGGAAUCCAAGCUUUCUGAGUGUCACCACUCAGGAUUUGGAUCUCACGACUGCGGCCACAGUGAAGACGCUGGUGUCAUCUGUGAAGCAGUUGAAGGGGAGGUCCGCUUGGUUAAUGGAGGACAUGGCUCCUGCUCUGGCAGGGUGGAGAUCCUCCACAGUGGGCAGUGGGGGACAGUGUGUGAUGAUUCUUGGGAUCUGGAGGAUGCUCUGGUGGUAUGUAGGCAGCUGGGCUGUGGUGGGGUCCUCUCAGCACCAAGUAAUGCACGAUUUGGACAGGGCACAGGACCCAUCUUGAUGGACGAUGUGUCAUGCACAGGCAGGGAAUCCAAGCUUUCUGAGUGUCACCACUCAGGAUUUGGAUCUCACAACUGUGGCCACAGUGAAGAUGCUGGUGUCAUCUGUCAAGAUGUGAACACAGCAGAUCCUGGAUUUCCUUAUUCCACACCUUCUUCAACACCACAGACCUCUCCAGCCUUUCAGGUGGAUGUUACAGGUACAACAGCAGUGGACAACAGCACAGCAGUGGAAGGGGAGGUCCGCUUGGUUAAUGGAGGAAAUGGCUCCUGCUUUGGCAGGGUGGAGAUCUUCCACAGAGGGCAGUGGGGGACAGUGUGUGAUGAUUCAUGGGGCCUGGAGGAUGCUCGGGUGGUAUGUAGGCAGCUGGGCUGUGGUGGGGUCCUCUCAGCACCAAGUAAUGCACACUUUGGACAGGGCACAGGACCCAUCUGGAUGGACAAUGUGUCAUGCACAGGCAGGGAAUCCAAGCUUUCUGAGUGUCACCACUCAGGGUUUGGAUCUCACGACUGCGGCCACAGUGAAGACGCUGGUGUCAUCUGUGAAGAUGUGAACACAGCAGAUCCUGGAUUUCCUUAUUCCACACCUUCUUCAACACCACAGACCUCUCCAGCCUUUCAGGUGGAUGUUACAGGUACAACAGCAGUGGACAACAGCACAGCAGUGGAAGGGGAGGUCCGCUUGGUUAAUGAAGGAAAUGGCUCAUGCUUUGGCAGGGUGGAGAUCUUCCACAGAGGGCAGUGGGGGACAGUGUGUGAUGAUUCAUGGGGCCUGGAGGAUGCUCGGGUGGUAUGUAGGCAGCUGGGCUGUGGUAGGGUCCUCUCCGCACCAACUAAUGCACAAUUUGGUCAGAGCACAGGAACCAUCUGGAUGGAUGAGGUUGCAUGCACAGGCCGGGAAUCCAAGCUUUCUGAGUGCCGCCACUCAGGGUUUGGAUCUCACAACUGUGGCCACAAAGAAGACGCCGGUGUCAUCUGUGAAGGUAAAUUUGAGGAGCUGGAGACACUGGAGGCACUUAUUAUCCUCAUAUAG